GCCCGAGCCAGCCGCGCGGCCUCAGAGGGGAGGGGCCUGGAGAAAUGUAAAUCGUGUGGCCAUGUGGUGACACUCUGAUUGGGCCCCAGGGGAACUGGGAGUGACCUGAAAACGGACUACUGAGUCACAAGCGUCACUGAGGGAGGGGAUGAUGCGUGCCCACCCCGCGCUGGAAGAGGAAUCCACCAUGAGCAACGUGACCGUGCAGGACCUGGCCGAGCCGGAGGGCGGCGCGGGGGGGGCGGCAGCCGCGCCCUACCCCGUCAGCUUCCGGGCGUCGGUGACCGGCCUGCUGGUCCUGGAGAUCGUGCUGGGCCUGAGCAGCAACCUGACCGUGCUGGUGCUCUACUGCAUGAAGUCCGACCUCAUCAACUCGGUCAGCAACGUGGUCACGGUCAACCUGCACGUGCUGGACGUGACCGUGUGCGUCCUGUGCAUCCCGCUGACCGUCGCCGUGGCGCUGCUGCCGCCGGGGGGCGGCGCGCCGCUCGUCUCCUGCUUCCACGAGGCCUGCGUCUCCUUCGCCAGCGUGGCCACCGCCGCCAACGUGCUGGCCAUCACGCUCGACCGCUACGACAUCUCCGUGCGGCCCGCCAACCGGGUGCUGACCAUGGGGCGCGCCGCGGCCCUGCUGGGGGCCGUCUGGGCCGUGUCCGCCUUCAGCUUCCUGGUGCCGUUCGCCGAGGUGGGCUUCUUCAGCCAGGGUGGCGGCGGCGGCGGCGGCGGCGCGGGCCAGAACCGGACGACGGCGGGGCCGGGGGCGGGGGCGGCGGGGGGCCGGGGGAGCCGGUACCGCAGGGAGCCGGGGAUGUACUACCACCUCCUGGCGCAGAUCCCCAUCUUCUGCUUCACCGCCGCGGUCAUGCUCUUCACCUACGCCAAGAUCAUGCGGGCGCUGAACAUCCGCAUCGGCGCCCGCUUCCACGCCGCGCAGCGCAAGAAGGCCGCCCGCCGGAAGAAGGCCACCGCUGCCGCCGCCGCCGGCCCGCCGGCGGCCGCGACGCAGCAGGACGCAGCCGAGGCCUCCCAGGACGGCGCCGCUGCCGCCGCGGCAACCACCGCCGCCACGGCCGCCGCGUCCGCCACCACCGGAGGAGGAGGAGGACGCAACCCGACGCUGGGCAUGCGGGCGUCCGUGUCGGUGAUCAUCGCCCUGCGGCGGGCGGUCCGGCGGCACCGCGAGCGGCGGGAGCGGCAGCGGCGCGUCUUCCGCAUGUCGCUGCUCAUCGUCUCCACCUUCCUGCUCUGCUGGACGCCCAUCACCGCGCUCAACGCCGCCGUGCUGGGCGCCGGCCCCGGAGCCCCCGCGCCCCAGCUGCGGCUGGCCUUCCUGGUCAUGGCCUACGGCACCACCGUCUUCCACCCGCUGCUCUACGCCUUCGCCCGCCAGAAGUUCCAGAAGGUGCUCCGGAGCAAGAUGAAGAAGCGCGUGGUGUCCGUCGUGGAGGCCGAGCCGCUGCCCAGCAACGCCGUCAUCCACAACUCCUGGAUCGACCCCGAGAGGAACCGGACCGUGACCUUCGCGGGGGGCGAAAUGCGGCCCAAGGGCCCCUCCUCUGAAGAGGUGCCGUGAGGGGGGGGGACCCCGGGGGCCCCCCUGGACCCCCCCCGCUGCUCAGAGCAGCACGUCCCCUUCAGGAAACAGGGCGCCAUAAACUGGACAGCCCUGUCCGAAGCAGGAGCGGUCACUUGUUUAUACGCUGUAAAUGAAAUGCAGACCUGACACGAGCUGGACUGAUGAAAGUAUUACUUGUGGUGAAAUACAAAAAGACUACAUGUUCCAUAGGACACUACAAAAUACGUUGUACAUAUUGCAUGUUUUUUUUUGUAAGGGUAGUAAUAUAAACUGAGUGCAAAGACCUGUUCAUACCAUAAACAUAUAUAAGACACAUUUAAACAUAUCGUAUAAAUAUAUUAUAUGCACACAAGCAGACACACACACACACACACACACACACAUAUAUAUAUGCAGUGAUCUUCAUAAUGUUUGGGACAAAGACAUUUUUUUCUCGA